AAGUAAAGUAUAAAAGAUAGGACUCCUCAUUGACCCUCACACAAUCUACACUGAAGUUCUGAGAGUGAAGAUUUGACAAAAGAUUCAUCAUGGCCGUCAUGAGAGCUCUUGUGCUUCUUUUCUUGGUCUUUUCUGUUGAGAAUGCAGCAGCUGAAGAAGACUGCCCAAAUGAAUGGACACCUUUUGGUGUGCAAUGCUACAAAUUCUUCUCUCAGUCAGUUAACUGGGCCACAGCUGAGAAAAACUGUCAAUCUAUUGAUGCAAAUCUUGCAUCUGUGCGCAAUACAGUGGAAAACAACUUUCUCCUGACUCUGCUUGUGCCUGCUGACACACGUGCUUGGAUUGGUGGUCAUGAUGGUGAAGUGGAAGGACAGUGGCUCUGGACUGAUGGAUCUCAAUUUGACUUUACCAACUGGUGCUCUGGAGAACCUAACAAUGGUGGUGGUAAAGAGAACUGCCUGGAGAUAAGCUAUACUACUAACCGUUGCUGGAAUGAUCAGACCUGUUCAAGCCCAACGAGCUACAUUUGUGCCAAACCUCUGUGAUCAUGAGAAAUCAAUCUGUUUAAAAAGUACUAUGAUUGUACUGCAUGCCUAUACAUUUUUCUGAUCUUGUCUUAAAAAUCUUUUAAAUAUCUCUGAAAUUAUCUUUAUAGAUUACUGAACCUUUCUGAAAACUUCUCAAAUCAAUAAAAGCAUUUAUAAAACCAA